AAGUUGGGAGUGGCUGCUACAAGGCCACUGGCCACCCACCCUACAAGGACUGCCACCCCACAGGUGUGAACAUCGGAGGUGCCGGCUCCUACAUCUAUGAGAAGCCCUCUGCUGAGAGACCUCAGGUCACCGGCCCCAUCGAGGUGCCCGUGGCCCGAGCUGAAGAGCGGAAGGCCAGCGGCCCCCCUAAGGGGCCCAGCAAAGCCUCCAGCGUCACCACGUUCACCGGGGAACCCAACAUGUGUCCUCGCUGCAACAAGAGGGUGUACUUUGCCGAGAAGGUGACGUCUCUGGGCAAGGACUGGCACCGGCCGUGCCUGCGGUGCGAGCGCUGU